CCCUCCCUCAGUUUAGACAGGGCUUAGACUCUUGCUCUUUAAAUAAUAUAACUAAUGGGAAACCAAGAGAAGUAGUUUAGUCCUUGCCCGUUCAAGACCGUCCUUCAGUGUGGAUGAACGGUAAAUCAGGGUUGGGCCUUAAUUAACAGGUUUAGCUUCAUAACAUAAGGGGAGGAUUCCCCACCCACUAGCCAGGGCUGCCCAACCCUCUUCCUGGAGAUCUACUGUCCUGUAGGUUUUCAGUCCAACUCCAAUUUCGCAUAUCUGAUUCAGCUAGUCAAAGUCUUGUUGAGCACCUAAUUAGUAGAAUUAGGUGUUAAAUUGGGGUUGAACUGAAUCCACAGGACGGUAGAUCUCCAGGAAGAGGGUUAGGCAGCGACUAAAGUAUAAAAUUCCACCUCGUCUUCAACCCAAUAUCCUUCCUAGUCCCAUACACCUCAACCUACCUUUAAAAAAAAAAAAUCAUCUCUAGGAGCGACUCUGUUAGCGGAAUGAUGGACGUUAUCUAAUGUCCAACCCCAUCCAUUACGUGCUUCGAACAAACCAAUCACCAUCGUCUAUAGUGCCAAACCGAGCAUCAAUGUUGGUUGUAUCUCUUAUGUGUGCCAUGGACUCAGCCCAGUAAUAUUGACAAAAGAGUGAAAAGAAGAUGUCUCCAAAUUAAACACUGUCUACAGAAAUAUAACAAAAAAAGUGUGAUGUAAACAAGUUUACUUUUUUUAAAUCUCAUAAAUAGGGAAUGUGAUUGACUCCACUUAAUGUUUUUAAACAUCUGUUUUUUGUUAUUAAUGGGACUCGGAGGAUUAUUUCGUUAGAAGGUAAAUAGGCACUCGUUGGUUUGUCUGUCUAAAAAAAGCCAAAAUAGCCUUCCUGCUGUUUUGCCGCUACUUGGAGAGGCUACUCUUCCGCGAUUGGAAGCAUUUUUGUUUAAUAUCGUAUAAUAGAGGAUAACAACUUGCCACCGUAUUCGUUCCGGACAACAGAGGAUCAAGCAGGGCUAUGUCCUCGGCAGCAACCACACCUCCAUCUGUGGACAAAGUGGACGGAUUUUCACGGAAGUCUGUCAGGAAGGCCAAGCAGAAGCGAUCGCAGAGUUCGUCCCAAUUCCGGUCUCAGGGCAAACCCAUCGAGCUCACGCCCCUGCCCCUGCUCAAGGACGUGCCAGCGCCGGAGCAGCCGGAGCUGUUCCUGAAGAAGCUGCAACAGUGCUGUACUGUUUUUGACUUCAUGGACACGCUGUCUGACCUAAAGAUGAAAGAGUACAAGCGCUCCACACUCAACGAACUGGUGGACUAUGUCACCGUCAGCAGGGGCUACCUGACAGAACAGGCCUACCCGGAGGUUGUCAAAAUGGUGUCUUACAACAUAUUCCGGACCCUUCCGCCCACGGACAGUAAUGAGUUUGACCCAGAGGAGGAUGAACCCACACUCGAGGCCUCAUGGCCGCACUUACAGCUGGUGUAUGAGUUCUUCAUACGAUUCUUGGAGAGUCAAGAAUUCCAGCCCAGCAUUGCCAAAAAGUACAUAGACCAGAAAUUUGUUCUACAGCUCUUGGAGCUCUUUGACAGUGAGGACCCUCGGGAGAGAGAUUACCUGAAAACAGUCUUACACAGAAUCUAUGGGAAAUUCCUGGGGCUGAGGGCUUUUAUACGAAAACAGAUAAAUAAUAUUUUUCUACGUUUUGUUUAUGAGACUGAGCACUUUAACGGGGUUGCUGAGUUGCUGGAGAUCUUGGGAAGCAUAAUCAAUGGUUUUGCCCUGCCGCUCAAAGCAGAGCACAAACAGUUUCUGGUCAAAGUGUUGAUGCCCCUCCACACUGUCAGGAGUCUGUCCCUCUUCCACGCACAGUUGGCGUAUUGCAUUGUACAGUUCCUAGAGAAAGACCCAGCGUUAACAGAACCAGUCAUCAGGGGCUUACUGAAGUUCUGGCCAAAAACCUGCAGUCAAAAAGAGAACUGCCUCAAUUCAUCGGGGCAUGGACUAAAAUGUGUCAAGCAUUCCACAGGGAUGCUGGACCAUGUUGAUUCCAAUGCUUCCCACAGUUGUCAAGUUGGUAGGAUGUCCUUUGGGUGGUGGACCAUUCUUUAUACACACGGGAAACUGUUGAGAGUGGGAAAACCCAGCAGCUUUGCAGUUCUUGACGCUCUCAAACAGGUUAUGUACCUGGGGGAGCUGGAGGAGAUCCUAGACGUGAUCGAGCCGACACAGUUCGUCAAGAUCCAGGAGUCGCUUUUCAAACAGAUCUCCAGAUGCGUAUCCAGCCCACACUUCCAGGUGGCAGAAAGGGCCCUGUACUACUGGAACAACGAGUACAUCAUGAGUCUGAUCGAGGAGAACUCCAGCGUUAUCUUACCCAUCAUGUUCGCCAGCCUGUACAGGAUCUCUAAAGAACACUGGAACCCGGCGAUAGUGGCGUUGGUGUACAACGUACUGAAAGCCUUCAUGGAGAUGAACAGUACCUUGUUUGAUGAGCUCACAGCUACUUACAAGUCAGACCGCCAGCGUGAGAAGAAGAAGGAGAAGGAGAGGGAGGAGCUUUGGAAGAAGUUAGAGGACCUGGAGCUGAAGAGGAGCCUUAGGCGUGACGGGAUAAUUCCCACUUAACGAAGCGCCUCCUCUCCCAUCCAUGUCCACCGGAGCACGCCCCGCGGAUCCUGUACGGCCAUCUGGAAUGGCCAUCUGGAAUGGCCAUCUGGAACGGCCAUCUGGAACGGCCAUCUGGAACGGCCAUCUGGAACGGCAUGGAGCGACCGGGUUUUUUGUUGUUGUUUUUUUCUGUAUUGUGCGACUUACUUUAUGUUAGAUUCACACGUUGUUUCAUUAUUUCAACAGCACUGUAAAUAACUUUUAUCCUUAAACUGCUAUUAUUGCAAAAUAAAAAUUGUUUAAAAAAAAUUUCUAACGCGAUAAAGAACUUGUGUGGGGGUAAAAAUAUUCUUUGGGCAUUAAGACUUGAAAUGAACAGCAAAAUAACAGAUUGUUUUAACUUCCCUCCUAUUUGAGAACCCCACCCACUCCCCUUGAAUACAAAAACCCAUUUUCCAUCUCUGGUUCUACUCUUUGCUCUUUCUUUCUCCUCUCUGUCCCUCUCACACUUUGGUGCUUCUGUACCUCUCUCCCUUUGUGGAACGUUCUGACUGAGUGAGAUACCUGGGAGGCCCCGCCCUGACCAAGAGGGCACCCCUUCUCUAUAAGGACCACCCUCUCACCCCUCCUGACCUAACUCAUGCUGAAGCUAUGCUGGUAUUAUAUUAUGGACCCAUUAGCCAUAAGGAAAUGAAUUUAACCCCUCGUACCUCUCAACCCCUCCUCCAAGAGGCGAACAUGUUAAGGUCCUGUAUGUACAGGGACUAAAAUAAAAAAACAAGGGAAGAUCUCCAUACACACACACUUACAUUCAUUCUCUCGCACCAUUUUUCUCCCCACUUCCACAUUUGUUUCUUUUCACCAAACAUAUGUGUGUGUAUGUCUCCCCAAUGAUUGAUUGGUUUCUGUUAGUUCAGUUGACUCUUUGGUUUUGUGGACUUUGACCCUGCAGUACCAGGUAGCCUGGUAUCAGUCUGGUACUGGUACCCUCCAGUCACACAGAAAAUAUGAAAAAUGUAAAAAAUAAAAAAAAAUAAAAAAACGAUUGCGAGCUAUAGAGGAGCACCAAACUCGCCUAUUGUGAAAAGGAGUGUCACUCCCAUGUGUGCUUUACACAGUAUUACAAACCUGUAUAUUGUUAUUAAACGCAGUACACUGAUA